AUGGGUCAAGGGCUUAGUGUUGGGAUAGAUGAUUCGUCAAAUCAGUGUCUUUGCAAGGUUGAUAUUAAGCCCUGGUUGUUCUCCAAGAGAAGAGGGUUCAAGAGUUUGGAAGCUUAUUCUAGUAAAAUUGACAUAUAUUGGGACCUUUCUUCGGCGAAAUUCGGAUCCGGGCCUGAACCUUUAGGGGGAUAUUACGUGGGAGUUGUGGUGGACCGGCAAAUGCUUCUCCUUCUUGGAGAUAUGAGAAAAGAAGCUUUCAAAAAGACUAGUGCCAGCCCUGUGCCUUCUAAUGCUGUUUGUGUCGCCAAGAGAGAGCAUGUUUUUGGUAAGAGGGGCUUCACCACAAAGGCUCAAUUUUCUAAUAAUGGUCAACUGCAUGAUCUUGUCAUUGAAUGUGAUACUCUUGGGGUCAAUGAUCCGUGCCUCCUGGUCCGCGUAGACAGCAAGCCUGUGAUGCAGGUGAAGAGACUUCGGUGGAAGUUCCGGGGGAAUCAUACCAUCUUGGUUGAUGGGCUUGCAGUUGAAGUUUUCUGGGAUGUUCACAACUGGCUCUUUGGUACAUCACCCGGAAAUGCUGUUUUUAUGUUCAAGACAUGCCUCUCAGCUGAGAAGUUGUGGGCUAGCCAACCGCUCUCUGAUCCAAGUGCGUUGCAGUGGUCAUUUUCACAGAGAUUUUCAGAUAGUAAGUCGCAGGGUCUAGGAUUCUCACUGAUUCUGCAUGCUUGGAAGAAUGAAUAG